GUUCUCUCUCCUCUCCCUCCCCUUUUCUAUUCCUUCAAUUUCGUGCACUAUUCAUGGUGACUGGGACGAUAAGUGCGCGUAUCCAGCAGCUCUCACAGCAACAGGCCGAGCCGGAUCGGCCAGCAUCGGGGACAGUCAGAGUUCCGCGCGGCAGCACCGUACCAACGAGCCGUCGGGCUGGACCUGAUGGCAUUCCGACGCGGGGCCUGGCAGCGGGAUUAAUCAGCAAGUUCAACCAAAUGUCCGCGGGGCCCGCCAGCGAUUCAGCGACAAUACCUGGCGGGCGCCAGCAGGGCCGGGACAGCCCGGGCCGGGCAAUUGCGCUGAAGGACCGGUUGCAGAGGCCAGCAGAGGGUGGCGCAGAAUCCCGUGGAGCGCCGGCAGACAGGCCAACAGCGGUGACGCCGAUUGCGCUGAAAAUCGACACAACCAUAGAGCAAUUGCCGUCGCCGGCGUCGUCCCUGUCGCAGGCGCAUUCGCGGGCAAUGCAAAGGGGCGAGCAGCUGGCGUGCGGGGAGAUCUUUGGCGCCGAAGGGUCGCCCCAGGGAAGAGCGUCGCCGUUUCUCAGCGACAGCGAGAUGGACCGGGCGCUGAGCGAGAUCGAGGAGUUUGGGCGUGACAUGAACCUGCCGCUGGGCAACGUGGAUAUCUCGCGGUUCGACUUUGAGACAUUCCCAUGCUCGCCAUGAAUGAAAAGGCUGGUGCGCACGUGACGGAUGGUCAAAAAAGGCACUGCCUGAUGGCCAUGUGGGCCGAGCGAUGUUUUUUUACCUGGU